CCUGAUCCUGGUUUCUGAGAGGCUGUCCAGAGAGCACACGCUUCGUGUUAACUUUACUAGGCUGGCAUAAUCUUACUGUCUAGGGUUGCCUAAGCUUGAGUCCCAAGAAAACCCUGAUGGAAGAGAAACACUCAUCUGUUCAACAACUGAGUGAAGGACCUGAUAAAUCAUCUCGUCCACAUUGUCAUUUGAGGGACUCUAUUUUGCACAUUUAGGAAACAUCUUUAGCUCUAAGGAAGGGAAUAAGAAAACACAAAGGCAGUUGAAGAGGCCGCUAGAAUUUAAAGCAAAGUGUCCUUUUGCCUUGAGUGUAUAAAAUUAAAAGUGCUUUCCAGAUGGGUUACUGAAUUCACUCAAGAACUGGCAGCCAAUGAAAGAUAGGCUUGCAGACUGACUCUUUUGUACUAUUUGCCAUACCUUCCUCUUCCACCUGUGAACUCCAUGCAUAUGCAGACUUAACCCACACACAUGGGCAGGUCUCACUGGACGUGUCAUGGCUGUACCACUGGCUCCUGACACAAUGCCCGGUGCUUAGUAGGUGCUCAAUAAAUAUAUUUGGAAUGGAUGAAUGAAUGUAAAUAUUUCUCUUUGUCCUCAUGAACCCAUCGGAAAGGAAUCAUAAAUUUGGCUCAUCACUGUUAAAGGACUGUUGUGGUUAGGAUUGUGUCCCUCCGUUCCGCAAAUUAUGUGUCAAAGCCCUAACCAUCCCCAGUACCUCAGAAUGUGACUAUGUUUGGAAAGAGGGUCUUUAAAGAGGUGAUUAAAGUAAAAUGAGGUCAUAUGGGUGGGUCCUAAUCCAACAUAAAGAAAUCAUAAAGAUCAUAAAGAAAUUAGGCCAGAGACAUGCACGCACACAGAAGAAAGGCCAUGUGAGGACACAGUGAGACAGUGGCCAUCUACCAGCCCCGGAGAGAGACCUCAGAGGAAACCAAACCUGCUGACACUUUGAUCUUGGACUUCCAGCCUCCGGGAACAUGAGAAAAUAACUUUGUUGGUUAAGCUGGCCAGUCUUUGGUAUGUUGUUACAACAGCUCUAGCGAACUCUUACGAUUGCCAAUCUCUGCCUCAGACCAUGGAAGAAGCGAUGUCAAAGAAACAUUUUUUCGUGGUUCGCAUUUCCCAUUCCCAUAUCAUAUAAGCCAGAAGAAAAUUGUUCUCAGUAUGUGUCUCGCGGUGCUUUGAAAUCCACAGUGUAUCUAUGUGACUGGCCUCGCUGUAAGAAAGCCCUUUGUGAGGUCAUCAUGUCACUCUUGCCAAAGCUGCACAGGUGGAGACAUGCAGGCUUUUAAAAACACUUGAGAAGACACCAUGCCUCACUUUGCAAACCCUCUUUUAAGAAACAUCAUCACCAGAAAUCCAUUCGAUAACAUCAAGAGGAAGCGAUGCCUCCAAUAUUUGAAAACGCUGAAAACACUGCAAAAUGAUGGAUUUAAGACCAUAUAUUUUGGAGAAACCAAUAUUGCCGAGAGUCUUGUCGCUGGAGAAGAUUUCAGGGACGGGUGUUUCAUGCAAACUCCAACUUGGUGUAUCGUGCAUGCCGGUGGUAGUCAAGGAUGGGUGCCUUGGAAGUACCAGACGUUCCUUAGAGAUGAGGUAUGCAUCAAACAGGAAGACAGCCUCUUCUCUGAGUUCUGUGAUGUGGCGAGGAAGGCCUACGGGAAGUGCGCCAUUGUGGUCAAAGAGAGAAGGCAGCGAGACAAGAAGAAGCCAGAGGAAGACAAAGAGCCAGAGGCCCAGAUCCAUGCCCCAUCGGUCAUUAACCUAAAGAGCCUUGUGUGUUGCCCGGAGGUAGCCAAGUCCUGUGGCCACGAACUACUCUCUCUGCCUUCCCUUUACAAUUACCUAAACCCUUUAGACUCAGCCUGGUCUUCUUUGAAAUGGUUUAUCAUCAAUAACAGAAAGGAGUUUUGCUUUCAGUACAUUGACAGUGUCUAUUCUUACCAGUACAUACUUGUCAGAGAUUUAAUUAGCAAAGGGAUCGAAAGGAUAAACCCAAGCAAAUGGAAAACACUAACCAACAAAGUGCGGAGAUGGGAAAACUACUAUCUUGGUAAAUUUUCUUAAGGGUGAUUCCUCUAACAAGCGGUUGGGACCAUGCUACGGGCAGUCUUUACCAACUCUGCUGGGCUCGACUCUGGACCACUGCAGCCAAAGAUACUUCAACAACGACCUCACAGGGAUGCUGUGAGGACUGAGGUUUCUAAGGGUGUUGGCAAAGUGCUGUAGGUUUACUGGAGGUUGCAUUAAAAAUUGUUGGUGAAUUAG